AGCACAGCACGAAACCAAGCAGCUCAUUUGUUUAUUUACUUUCGUCUCGAUUCAGAAUUUGGAUCAGAUUCGGAUGUAGCUGUGUUUCGCAAAACUGUUUGUCGUCAUUAAAAUGGUACUACACACCGCAUUUGUACACACAGUCACACAGAUGAAAAUCGAAUGGCCUGCUGCUCUAGAAAGUCUGUCCGAUUUUAAUAUGACUGUCAAUGCGAGCCGCAUGUAGUACAUACAUCACCUAUAUAAUUUAAAAUCAAGACAAAGUUUUAGUAAAACAAAUUUUACACACAAUGACGCACAACUUGUCUAGCAGCGAACCAAUGGACAUUAGUCUUCGCAACAAAUUAGCUGACAGCAUAUCAGGUCCGGUGGAAGUACAAGGUCAAGAGGCUGGAAUUUGGCUGUCUGUAUCAAAACUCCAGGAGCUAGUAUCAUCCCUUCCAAAGACCGACUUUAAAAGGAUAACGCCUGAAAACCAUGUAGAAAUUCGGCUCACGGAUGUUUUGGCCGCUACCCACUUGAGUUCCUCGGCACCUAACUGUGAUGCUCAAUCAGCAUUUUUUCCUCCGAUUGGCGUAUUCUGGGACAUAGAGAACUGCCAGGUCCCAAGCGGAAUAUCUGCUCUCACAGUCGUUCAGUUUAUCCGCGAUAGGUUUUUUCAAGGCUAUAGUGAGGAGGAAUUUGUUGUUGUGUGCGACGUAACAAAAGAGAACAGUCAAGUCAUGCAAGAACUGAAUGCGGCACAAAUUGAUGUAGUUCAUGUGUCGUCGAUUUGCAAGAAUGCUGCUGACGAAAAAUUGAGGCAAGCUUUGAGAAGGUUUGCUGAGCGGCAUGGAAGCCCUGCAGCUGUUGUUCUUAUGACAGGCGAUGUAAAUUUCGCGUCAGACAUAAGGGACCUGAAAUAUCGUAAACAGAUUAAGGUUAUUCUUCUACACCCAACAUACACAAGUGAUGCUAUGUUGAUGAGUUCUGAUGAACAUUAUAAUUUUUUCGAGCUAACUAAUUCGCUUCCUCACAGAUCAAUUUUGGGCUCAGUUUGCACAGACCAUUUUGACGUUAUUGUCAAAAAUUUACCUGAUAGUACAAUUUAUGGGACAAAUAAGACGAGACAAAGACUGAAGUAUCUUUCCUACAAUUGCGGUGGAAAAAUAAUCCGCGUGACAAGAUAUGAGGCUGUUGUGAGAUUUGGAAGUCGGGAGCUGGCAGAAAGAGCCUGUAUUCGUAUGGAUGGUGAAGAUGUCCUAGGACGAAAAAUAGUUGUUUCAAUUCCCCAAACAGCAAGAAGCGCGAGCGCAGGUGUUGAGAACAAGCUAAGUGCAGCCGAAGCCAAUAUCACAAACUCUCCAAAUAUGCCUCUCCAUAAAGUUCCCCGCACCAGUUACCACCAACAUGCGGUGUCUUCCAAUCAACAUCACUACAGCCCAGCUGUUAAGUCCAACUACUUCAAUCCGAACUCACUUGCAGGAAAUGGAGCUACGUCCUUGGCAACUGCUUCUGAACUGUUCAACUACUCCCUUGUGCCACCGCCAGCUAUGCCAAUGCAUCCACCAGCCCCUUCUUUCUCACAAGUGCUGACUUCAGGACAGUCAAGCAAGAGUAGGACAGCUUCUCCAAACUUAUGCAGCAAUGGUAAAGGAAGAGUGAGCCCUUUCCCAACUCGAGCAGAUGCAGAUGGUUCAGAUUCAAAGGAGAGAUCUGAAAGCCCAGUGGAGUUGCAGAUAGCAAAUCUGGACUUCAACUUGGACAUCAAGGAAGUUCGCAAAACUUUGCUAGAAGCUUUUAAGGAGCAUGUCAUGGUGCUGAACAUGUCUGUGUUCACUCAGUCUGAUGGCCAGCUUGGUGCCAGGGUGAAGGUACCGACCAAGAAGGAUGCUCAGGUGGCAAUCGCUGCCCUUCACAGAAAGCGUAUCGGCAACCGUCGCGUCCGCAUCACCAUGUCCAGCCAGAGCCGCGGAGGCUCUGUCAGUCCCUCUUCUCAGCUUAUCAGGGAAAACGUCAAGUCCCUUCUCAUGGACGUACCUGAGCUCACCCUGCCCCUGUUCAAGCUCUGCGAACUCUAUGAACGCAGAUUCCUCUCCUCAGUCAGCCUUUCUGAGUUGAACCGCAUGCGUGAUGUGGUCAGCAUCACUGGCAGCUCCAAUGCUGGCAGAACCAUUACACUGCUUCCAGAUGCUAGAAGGUCACCUACACCAUCUUAUAUGGAGCUCGCAGAGGCAGCAUUGAAGAAUGGCCACCAUGGUGAGCUACCUUACUGCCCGCGCCACUGCAAACAGACCUUCCAGGCUGGUUGGGCUGAAAAGAGCCUGGAGCCGCUGCCCAAUGUCAGGAUUCGCCUGCUUGAGUUCAGCGCUGAAAUCUACCAGCUGCUGCAGUCGCAUAACGGCUCCCUGCCACUGUUCAGUCUGCCCGCCUGCUACGAGUCCGAGAUUGGCAAGAUGGAGGCAUACCCGCAUGGUGUGCCGCUGGAGCACAUGGUCACCUGGGUGCACGGUGUGGUGCUCAAGUCGUCUCCCAAUGGAGGCUGCUCCAAGCUGCUCUGCUGGGGCACUGGCACACCCAUCCAGCAGUGCCCCGUCUCAUCUUUCGAUGAGCCUAGCACCACUGAGGUCGCUCUUGAAAGAGCCACCUCUCCCGCUCAGUUGGCUGCUCAGCUUGCUCUCUUUGGUAGGGAGGUCGUCGAGCUGCUGCGAGGAGCCAACCACUGCCAGAUCCAAUUCACCAAGUUCAUUCCUUCGUACCACCACCACUUUGGCAGGCAGUGCCGUGUUGCCUCUUAUGGCUUUACAAGACUGAUUGAUUUGUUGGAUGCAAUCCCGACUGUGAUCCAGGUUAUCGGAGAAGGCGAGAAUAGGGUUGUUGUUCUUGCUCAACAGGCUCAGAUUCGCCGCUUCACUUCAGAUUUAAUCCGAAUCUUGAAGGCGCAACCCAAGAGGCAAGCUACUCUCAAAGAGAUGCCUGACCUGUUCACCAAAACAUUCAGCAAGGCCUUUGAUCCCAUUGAUUACGGCCUGUGCACCUUUGAGGAUCUAGUCCACUCUGUACCUCCAAACACUAUAGUAUUCGACCCACCUGCCCAAGAGGGUCAACUGCCUGACCUGAAUACAAUGCUUUCAUUGCCUAAGAGGGAACAAACUCCAGAGGAGGCUGAAAGAACUCGCCACUUUGCUAAAGAGGUUGUGAGCCUCUUGAGAAAUGCUCCUAGAUGCGCCAUUCCAUUCAACAAGUUCAUUCCUGCAUACCAUCACCACUUUGGUCGCCAGUGUCGGCUCUCAGACUAUGGUGUUACAAAACUCACAGACUUGCUCAUUGCUGUUUCUGAUGUGGUAGAGAUCAAUGAUUUGCCCAAUGGUGAUCGCCACAUCAUCCUUUCUCUGCAUGAGCGCCAGAGCGUGCUAGCUGACCAGUUGAGGCGCAUGCUGCUCCGAAACGGUGGCCGCAUGCCUAUUGACCAAAUCAAUGCAAGCUACCAACAUGAGCAUGGUGUCGCUUUGGACCCUGAGAAGUAUGGAGCCACCAACAUUUUCGAUUUGGUCAACAAUAUAUCCUCUUGGCUGCAAGUCAUCAGCACUGCUCAAGGACCUUGUGUCCAAAUAGUUAAGCAGGCCCAGAACAUCAAGACUCGAGUAUUGAUCAUCCUGGUCAAGAACUUAGGCGUCGUCACCAAAAUUGAUGAUCUGAGAGCUCGUUACUUUGAUAUCUAUGAUCAGUCACUUAGCAUGUCUGAUCUCACCACCAUGGACAAGAUGCUGUCGCUGGAAAACGGCAAAGUGAAGCUGACUCCUGUUUACACUUGUGCUGCGCAGAUAUUUGCUGUGAUUAGUGAGCAGGGAGACUCUGUGCUCCUCAACAAUCUGUACAGCCUGUUCGUAGUUAAAUGGGGAAAGCCACUCAACACCACUCAGUAUGGCCACCCUUCAGUUACGUCACUGUUGAACUCCCUGCCAGAGAUGUUCACCAUCACUGGAAAGGCUAACAAAAGAGUUGUCUCUAUCCACCAGUUACUUGAAGAUUCAAAACCAUGUUUGAAGUCAUCUGCAAAGCCUCAAGCACAAUCCAUGCCUGCAUUUAACAACAACACACUCUCCAUCAAAACUCCAGGUGCUGCAGGAGGGACAGACCCAGACUUUGGACUACUUACCUGGGGUUCCCUCUUGCCAACACCAGCCCCUCAGCAAUCUCAGUUGCCUUUUGCGCCUCAAUCAUGCAUGCCUUGGAUUGGAAAGCCUUUGGGCCUCCAACCUGCUAGCUACUUCAAGGACAUGGGUGUAAACAAUACUGGCAUCUGGCCUGCUGCAGCCAUCAACCCCAUGAGUUCCUGGUCGCCUCCAAAGGCACACAGACAACUCCCAUCUCCUGAUCUGAGCAGGCUGCCAAUGCCAACCCAUGAUCUGGCCACCAACAUUGCUGAAUCCGCUCUGGACUUGUCUGAUUCUGGAAUUGACCACUCAUCUCCAGUGCCCUCCAAACGCCGUUCUCGCUUAGCUGCCAACUUCAGCAAUCCAAUUGAUUUGCACUAAAAAAUAUGUAUUUUUAAUGUGAUGGGUAAUGUUUUCCACAACUUAAUUGGAAGGACAGGGAAAAUAUUAUUUUAUUUGUUUUGUUUGUGGGGAUUUUUUAGAUCUCACUAGCUUUACUGAUUGGUUCCCCAGUAGGAAAAUAACAAACACUUGUAUGUUGUUAGGACUUGUUUCAGCGCUAGUCUUGAUUGUUGCCAAUGCUGGAUAUGGUUUGCACUGUCUGUGUGCGCAGCCAGUGUUACAAAGACUGCAUAAAUUGUUACGAAAUAUAUCAUUUGCUGGUCAUUGCAAUUAAUUUUAUUGAUAAAGUGUAUCUCUUGUCAUGGAAGCAAUCUUCAUACUAUUUUAAAAGCUUUUUACACCAUUCAAAUAUUAAUUGGUCCCUAGAGGAAGUUUUACCUUGUGAUUGUGACCAAAUGUUUAACAAAAAGCUUAUAUCACAAUAACUUACUCGAAUCUGGAGUAUUCUUUUGAACAUACUUUGUAAGGCAGCAAUCAUUUCUGCUUACUCAGUAUUUUGUGUCUUAAUUUACUAACAAGCACAUGAUUUUAUGUCCAAGGUCAAAAACAGAUUGUGAUCGAGUAAAGUAAAGCAUGUUUCACAAUGUUGUGCCAACCUGCAAUGUUUUCUGUAUGAAUAUUUUACACAAAUAUGUGCCUGAUAUUCCCUGUCCUCAAGAUGCGUUUUAGAAAAAAAUACAGUUUUCUACGAAAAAUA